ACCGACUCGAUUAUUCUUCAACCCACACUUAGAGAGGUGGAAUCACAUAAAACCGAAUCGGUCUCAGUCAGCAGGCAGUGAGUGAUAUUCCAGAUUGAGUUGCGGGUCUGUUAUUCUCGUAAGCAAGGUGUCUGCUAUAUUGUUGUUGUUUUUACUGCAAAUCGCAACUAUUUAUCACCAGAGCCUGUUUUAUGUCUAAUUAUGUGUUUCAAGGGAUUCGAAUUGAACACUUUGUCAUCUCAAUCAGAAUUUGUUUUUAAUUAGGGGGGAGAUCAACAACGUCACGCAGGACUACUGUUUCAGUCGCAGUAAACAACUUUUAACCAUCGCCACCACAAAUUGAUUGUAGGCCUGUAGUCUGCUAUUACACCGCCGCUACACCGCCAUCAUGCCUAGUCUGCGACAGUCUUACACUGUGACGGUGCCGGAGGAGUCGCCGGCAACCGCUUUCCCGUUCCUAAAGACGGACCUGCGCAGGAAGAGUCCUGCAAUGUCGCGGUCAAUGUUGAUGUCCACAUUUGUGGGUCUGCUUAUCAAUCAAGCCAAGAACUCCAAGAGUCCUCAAGGCCUAGUGGGACUGAGAAACCUCGGCAACACAUGUUUCAUGAACUCGAUCCUGCAGUGUCUGAGCAACACUCCUGACCUGAGGGACUACUGUCUGAGGAACACACACCGCACCGAACUCAACAACAACUGCAGAGCCAAGGCUGCUCUCAUGGAGGAGUUUGCCAAACUCACUCAGACCCUAUGGACGUCAGUCAGCAGCGAGGCCAUCAGUCCCUCAGACUUCAAGACCCAGAUCCAGAGAUACGCGCCCAAAUUUGUAGGAUACAAUCAGCAGGAUGCUCAGGAGUUCCUGCAUUUCCUAUUGGACGGCCUCCACAACGAGGUCAACAGGGUCACAGUGCGGCCCAGGCUCCCGUCCGAGGACAUUGACCACUUGCCUGACAAUGAGAAAGGGAAGAGAAUGUGGAACAAAUACCUAGAGAGAGAGGACAGCAAAGUGGUUGAUCUGUUUGUGGGCCAGCUGAAGAGCUCUCUGACCUGCAGUGAGUGUGGUUACUGCUCCACUGUGUUCGAGCCAUUCUGGGACUUGUCACUACCCAUCGCUAAGAAAGGUUCAGGGGAGGUGAGUCUGACAGACUGCAUGCGACUCUUCACUAAAGAAGACGUACUGGAUGGAGAUGAGAAACCAACAUGCUACAGGUGUAAAACCAGGCGGAAAUGCACUAAGAAGUUCACCAUUCAGAAGUUCCCUCAAAUCCUUGUGCUUCACCUCAAGCGCUUCUCUGAGAACCGUGUUCGAACUAGUAAGCUCUCCACCUACGUCAACUUCCCCCUCAAAGAGCUGGACAUGAGAGAAUUUUGCUCUGAGAACAGCAUGAAUACAGUGUAUAAUCUCUAUGCCGUGUCCAACCACUCUGGGAACACGCUGGGUGGCCACUACACAGCCUACUGCAGGAACCCAGCCCUUGGGGAGUGGUACAGCUACAAUGACUCCAGGGUGAGCCCCAUGUCAUCCAGCCAGGUCCGCAGCAGUGAUGCCUACGUGCUCUUCUAUGAGCUGGCCUCCUCCUCUCAUUCACGCCUGUGAAGCUACAUGUCAUGGACAUAUGGGCUACAUAAAGCCUGGCAGCCUGGUCAUAUGGAUGACAUAUGCAAUGAGCCUAUUAGGCCUGUGUCUGGGUCUGAUGGUUGAUGUUUGAGCCUUGCUCUGUGGACUGCAUACAGGAUACUCUAUGUUUAUACAGGAGCCCUUGGCACUAUGGAUUUAGCUUCAGCACAUAGGCUGCACUGUAUUGCCAGGAUACAGAGAUUGAGUUGUGGUUCAACCAUCUUCCGGGGACAUUGGGAAGAGCAUUGGGACAAUGGGAAGGCCCUUCCCAGCUAAAAACAUGUCCUCUAAAUAUCAUUGAAAGUCCCGGGGACGUGUGUGUGUGUGUGUGCGUGCGUGUUCGUGUGGGUGUGUGUGCGGUCACCAUGCAGACGGCGAAGAUGCCUCUCUGUGCACUACAACGAGGACUGUAUGACCCCACGCCGGAGUUGUCAUUCGUUUCAAGGUCACCACUGAGACAUGAAAGACUAUCACUCUGACCUUCCGUUCUGUAAAUGAUUCUAUUUAAAUUAGAUGUCAUCAUAUCUGUGACUUUAGAGAUGGGAUGACUCUCUAGCACCAUCUGUUGGUGUGCUGUGGUUGUAGGUUUUGACUUUAGAGAUGGGAUGACUCUCUAGCACCAUCUGUUGGUGUGCUGUGGUUGUAGGCUUUGCACAACCUCAUCUUCCUCCCGUUUCAAUAGGACUGUGUGUGUGUGUGUGCUGUGUGUGUGUGUGCGUGCUGUGUGUGUGUGUGUGAAAGAGAGAGACAGAGAGAGCGGUCCCUCUCCAACUUCAAACUAGUGGUGGAGAUAUCAUGCCAUUGAAAAACGAGAUUGAGAGAAACUACAUCUCUAGCUAUGUUUUUUAUGACUAAAGGUGUACUUUUGUAUUUAUAAAACAACAAGGUGAAUGUAACUACUGUUGUUCUAAUUAUUAAAAUAUCACUCUUUUUCUA